AUGACAGUUGAACAGCAACGAGUAGUUCUAGACAAGACGUACCGACUUGUUACGGAGUUCUGUGGCAAGCCUCCUAGAGGCUCAGUAGUCCCGUGGUGGGAGACUCCCAAGGAAGGCGCCGAGCUCAUGUUGGAGUACGGUAAGACCCCGAAGAUAAUGGCUCUAGAACUUCCAAGAAGACUUAUUUCUGGGAAAGGCCUUGAAUACGAUCACUCUUUCUCUCACCACGACGCGAUACCUUACUGGCUGCGUGUCGGUGACGAGUGGACCAAGAUUGACUACUCGAAGCAUCCGGAUACAUGGAUGAAGCCGCUGGUGAGAGGUGAGGAGACCGGCUUAGUGGAGAUUCCUGCAAGCUGGUAUCUGGAUGAUCUCCCUCCAAUGAUGUUCAUUAAGAACAUGCAGAACAGCCAUGGCUGGGUGCAUCCAUCGGUUGUCGAGGAUCUGUGGAAGGACCACUUUGACUUCUUCUACGAGAACUACGACAAUAUCUGCUUCCCAGUCACAAUUCAUCCCGAUGUUUCGGGGCACCCUCACGCACUAAAAAUGCUGGAAAGGUAA